UGUAUCGUGUUCUUGGUGGGUGCGAAAUCGAGGGCUUUUCCUCUGUCUACUCUCUCCAAAUAUUCUCUGAUUGCCUGCGAAAUUGAAAACAUGGAUCUGUCGUCAGCAUUGAAUUGAGGUCCUAAGCUUUGCAGUUUCCGGGUAUGUUUUCCUUGAUUUCUGGUUAUUGGAUUGCGUGAGUUUCAGAAUUCCUAGAUCUUGUUUCAUGUUUUGGUUAUUGCACCUUCUACUUGAGGUUUAGCUUUUAAGGGAGCAAGAACUUCGGGGCUUUGCGUUUUGGAUCUCGAGGUUUAGCUCUGACAUCGAGGUUUCGAAUUGUGAGGGGUGGAAUCUGGGAUUGUUUGAGCGUGUUUUUGGUGGGAUCGAGGGGAAUCGGUGAAGGGUUAGGGUUUUUGGCCGAUGGCUUCGAAUCCUCCAUUUCAUGUGGAGGAUCAGACUGAUGAGGAUUUCUUUGAUAAACUGGUUGAGGAUGAUAUGGAGCCCUUUAAUUCUGGCCAUGAUGAAGGGAAUGAUUCCGAUGAGGCUAAAGCAUUUGCGAACCUUGGCAUCAGUGAUGUUGAUGCUACUGCAUUUGAGAAUUCUGAUGAUGCUGGUGAAAGUGGGGUUGAACUUAAAGGGGAUUUGGGUACUGUGAAAUCUGAUGGGGGACUUGAACACGAGAGAAAUUUGUUGCAAUCAUCUAGUUCAGUGGGAGGUGAUAGUAAGAUGGAUCCUGGUGAUGAUGGGAUUGGGGUGGGAUCAGAAUUCAUGCCUGCCUCAGCUGCAAGCACGAGCGAUAAAGUCACUAGUUCUGGGAUUAAGGAGGUGGGUUGGAAUUCUUUUCAUGCUGAUUCGAAUGGAGGCAUUGGGUUUGGUUCGUAUUCUGACUUUUUCAGUGAGUUGGGAGAUCAAUCUGGCAAUUUUCCAGGGAAUGCGCAUGAUAAUUUAAAUGGUAACGUGAAUCCUGGUAAUGAAGUUCAGAAUGAUGGCUUAAAUGCCUCAGUUAAUUAUGUGCAGUAUCAAGAUGGUCGAGGUUAUGAUGCAUCUUUAGCAAAUCACACAAACAAGCAAGUUGAUGGCUUAAAUACUUCAGUUAAUUAUGUACAAUACCAAGAAGGUCAAGCUUAUGAUGCAUCUUCAGAAAAGCACACCAAUGGACAAGAUCUGAGUAGUAGUCAGUAUUGGGAGUAUCUUUAUCCUGGCUGGAAGUAUGACCACAACACUGGGCAAUGGUAUCAAAUAGAUGGCUAUAAUGCAACAGCCACUACUCAGCAAAGCUCAGAAGCCAAUACAGCUGUGGACUGGACUGCCCCUUCUGACGGGAAAGCAGAGAUCUCUUACAUGCAGCAAAGUUCUCAAUCUGUUGCUGGAACUUUAGCUGAAACUAGCACAACGGAAAAUGUAUCUAGCUGGAGUCAGGUUUCACAAGGGAAUACUGGGUAUCCAGAGCAUAUGGUUUUUGAUCCUCAGUAUCCUGGUUGGUAUUAUGACACAAUUGCCCAAGAAUGGCAAUCGUUGGAAACUUACAAUUCAACCAUUCAAUCUUCUGUUCAGGGACUUGAAAAUGGGCAUGCUUCUACGAGUACUUUCUCACCAAAUGAUAAUAGUUUGUAUAGUGAAUAUAGCCAAGCUGUUAAUUAUGGAUCACAGGGUGUUGAUAGUCAGGCUGUAGAUGGCAGCUGGGGUGGUUUGUAUGGUGUUAACCAGCAGCAGGGGUUUGGCAUGUACACAACUGAGACUGCAACUAAAAUGGGGGAUAAUGUAGCUUCUGGUGGUAACCACCAAGCUAAUCAUUCAUAUGGUUCCAGCAUUUCUGCAAACCAUGAUCAACAAAAUACUUCUAGCUCCUUUGGAUCAGUUGCAUUGUACAAUAAAGUAAACCAUGAUCAUGGUUUGGCUAAUGGAACUUUUGAGCCCCGAAGUUUUGGUGCCAGUGGGGACAUUGUUCAACAGUUCAACUAUUCAAAAACACAGUUUGGCGAACCAAAAAAAUUCUCAAAUGAUUUUGCUGAAAAUCAAAAGCCCUUUAGUUACUCCCCACAAUCAAUCCAGGGUGCACAUCAAUAUUCAUAUGCCUCUCAUGUUGGAAGAUCAUCUGCUGGACGUCCUGCUCAUGCCCUGGUAACCUUUGGAUUUGGCGGAAAACUUGUCAUAAUGAAAGAUCCUAGUCCUCUAAGCUCAUCAUAUGGAGGCCAGGAUUCUGUACAAGGUUCUGUUUCUGUAUUGAACUUGGUAGAAGUUGUCACGGGUAGCAUUGAUUCUACGAGCACUGGAAAUGGUACUGGUGAUUAUUUUCGUUGUCUGAGCCAGCAAUCUUUCCCAGGUCCAUUGGUUGGUGGGAGUGUUGGAAGUAAGGAACUGUACAAAUGGUUAGAUGAGAGGAUUGCACACUGUGGAUCACCUGACCUGGAUUAUAAGAAAGGUGAAAGAUUGAGACUCCUCCUUUCCUUGCUUAAAAUAGCUUGUCAACAUUAUGGGAAACUGCGUUCUCCUUUUGGCACAGACACCAUACUAAAAGAAAAUGAUACUCCUGAGUCAGCUGUUGCAAAACUUUUUGCAUCUGCCAAGAUGAGUGGCACUGAGUUCCCUCAAUUUGGGAUGCCGAGCCAUUGCUUGCAAAAUUUGCCUUCUGAGGGACAAAUGAGGGCAAUGGCUUCUGAGGUUCAAAAUCUUCUUGUCUCUGGAAAAAAGAAGGAGGCUUUACAAUGUGCCCAAGAAGGACAAUUGUGGGGACCUGCACUUGUUCUUGCCUCGCAACUUGGUGAUCAGUUCUAUGUUGAUACAGUGAAGCAAAUGGCACUUCACCAGCUGGUUGCAGGGUCACCUUUGCGCACAUUAUGCCUUCUAAUUGCGGGGCAACCAGCUGAAGUAUUCUCUACUGAUACCUCAAUUAGUGGGCUUCCUGGUGCUUCCAACAUGCCUCAACAAUCUCCACAGGUUGGAACCAAUGGUAUGCUUGAUGAUUGGGAGGAGAAUCUGGCUGUAAUUACUGCAAACAGAACCAAAGGUGAUGAACUUGUAAUCAUUCACCUUGGUGAUUGCUUGUGGAAGGAAAGAAGUGAGAUUACUGCUGCACACAUCUGCUAUUUAGUUGCUGAAGCAAAUUUUGAGUCAUACUCAGACAGUGCAAGACUCUGUCUAUUAGGAGCAGAUCACUGGACAUGUCCCCGAACUUAUGCUAGUCCCGAGGCUAUCCAGAGGACCGAGUUAUAUGAAUAUUCGAAGGUGGUUGGAAACUCUCAGUUUACUCUGCACCCAUUUCAACCGUAUAAGCUUAUAUAUGCAUAUAUGCUAGCUGAAGUGGGAAAGGUUUCUGACUCAUUGAAGUACUGCCAAGCAUUACUGAAAUCCUUGAAAACUGGUCGUGCUCCAGAAGUAGAAACAUGGAAACAGUUAGCAUUAUCUCUUGAGGAGAGAAUUAGAACUCACCAACAGGGUGGAUAUGCUGCAAAUUUGGCUCCUGCAAAAUUAGUUGGCAAAUUGCUCAACUUUUUUGAUAGUACCGCACAUCGAGUUGUUGGUGGUUUACCGCCACCGCCCCCUGCUCCAUUAUCAUCACAAGCAACUGUUAAUGGAAGUGAACAACCUUAUCAGAAUAUGGCACCCAGAGUAUCCUCCAGCCAGUCAACAAUGGCCAUGUCAUCGUUAAUCCCAUCUGCUUCAAUGGAACCCAUAAGUGGGUGGACAGCUGACAAUAAUAGAAUGGCAAAGCCUAAUAGAAGUGUUUCAGAGCCUGAUAUUGGUAGAACCCCAAGACAGGAAACAACCUCUCCUAAUGCACAAGGAAAAGCACAAGUGUCAGGGGGUACAUCUCGCUUUUCCCGUUUUGGUUUUGGCUCACAACUUUUGCAAAAGACUGUAGGGCUAGUCUUGAGACCUCGCUCUGGUCGACAGGCUAAAUUGGGUGAGAAAAACAAGUUCUAUUAUGAUGAAAAGCUGAAGAGAUGGGUGGAAGAAGGUGCUGAACUGCCAACUGAAGAAGCUGCACUGCCGCCACCACCAACAACUGCUGCUUUCCAGAAUGGUUCAACUGAAUACAACUUGAAAUCUGCAUUGAAGACUGAAAGUUCACCUCCUAUUGAAGGCCCUAACUUGAGAACUUCUAGCCCUGAACUUAGUCCAGGGAUGCCACCGAUGCCACCCAGCUCAAAUCAAUUCUCUGCCCGGGGUCGUUUGGGUGUUCGGGCAAGGUAUGUUGACACCUUCAACCAUGGUGGUGGAAGCUCACCCAACUUGUUUCAAUCCCCUUCUGUUCCAUCUGUGAAACCUGCUCUUGCUGCCAAUGCAAAGUUUUUCAUUCCUACUCCCGCACCAUCGUCAAAUGAGCAGACUAUGGAGGCUAUUGCUGAAACCAAUCAAGAAGAUAGUGUAGCAAAUGAAGAUCCUUCCACAUCUGCCACGAAUGAUUGGUCGUACCAAUCCCCCAAACAAGCAUUGCCAAUAGGCAUGCAAAGGUUUCCAAGCAUGGGUAACAUCCCAAAACAAGGAGCGAAGGGAGGCAAUAACUCUAAUUUUGCUCAUUCACGUAGAGCAGCUUCAUGGAGCGGGAGUUUUAAUGAUUCAUUUAGCCCUCCAAAAAUGGGUGAAAUCAAGCCUCUAGGGGAAGCUUUGGGCAUGCCACCGUCAACAUAUAUGCCUGAUCAGUCUUUAAUGCAUACACCUAUGAAAAGUAGCAGUUUUGGGGAAGAUCUUCAAGAGGUUGAACUUUGAGCAGAUGCUCAAGCUGUAAAUAUCAAAUUUUGUUUUUAAUCAUCAGAAUAGUUGGGACGCCCCUGCUUCUGCAGCAUUUCUAAUGAUGUAUGGAAUAGUGGUACACAUCAGAUGGAGUUCACACAGAAACGGCAGAUAUCUAUCACUAUCCCCCUCCUCCCUUCCCAACCUCGUUUUAGUAUUUCAAGUUCCCAACCUGGUGAUGUAUCAUUAAAUGUGGUCGGCUCACUUGAUAGUGUGUGUUUUGUUUUUUAUGCCAAAGGAAGUUGACACUGGCCACCAUCUCAGGAUUAUGGAACUGGUGUCUUUUAUAGCAGAGGAUAGGACCACCUGCUUAGGUGAGUAGUACAACCCAUUUGUUCAUUUUAUUAAACAGGAAAACGCCCCAUGAGGAAAGAAGAUGGCCUCUACAGAUCAAGGACGAAAGAAUAGUUUAUGGAACUGUGAAAUAUAAUUUUGUUCCAUUUGUAUUUGUUUCAGUUAUUAAAUGAUAUUAAAUUUCUAAAUAUAGUCUUCUGUCUCAAUUAGAAGCUCUUUUUUAGUUCACAUUUAUAAAUGACAAAAUGAUGGGGCAAGAUUUGCAUGCUGUUGAUUUUUUCACAAUGCUUAAGAGGCCCAAGUUUUAAGUGUCUCCCUACAUCCUAAUUUAGUGGGCCUAUCUAUUGCAAUUAUCCCAGUCACCGAUGAUUGUUCAAUGGGUAGCGAUUGAUAGUUAAAAGAAAGCAUGAACACUUUUCGGCGGUCAGGGUAUGACCGUUCCCUUUUCACUGCAUAUUAAUAUGCACAUAUAUUUUGUUAUCAUUGUAUUUCAUUUAUUGUAGAUAACUUAUCAACUGCAAUAGAGAACCUAGAAUUAUAAACGUGUAUAUGAAACUAUUUGCGAUCCUAGUCAAUUUGAAGAUAGAAAUUCAUUGGCUUAGUUUUG